CCGCUCCCCGCGGCUGUAGGCGGGGCGGUGCGGGCGGUGCGGGGCGCUGUGCCGCCGCCCGCCGGGCCGAGCGCCGCGGCCCCUCCCCGCGAUGUCACGCGGCGGCGCGGGGCCGGCUGCCGGGACUCUGUAGCGCGGGGCGAGGCGAGCGCAGCGCAGCGCAGCCGGGCUCGCCCGCCGCUUCCACCGCCACCUCGGCGCCGGGGCUGGCUUCGCGGCGCUCUCGCCGCCCCUGCCAGCCCGCCGGCUCCUCCCGGCGCCUCCCGCGGGCGGCGGGGCUGUGCGCGGCCGCUCGGAUGCCGCCGCAGCAGCGGGAGGGCGAGGCGGGCUACCUCGGCAAGCCGGGCGGCUGCGAGGUCCCGCCGGUGCCGCCGCGCAGGGUGCGGGCGGCGCUGGGGGCGGCGCUGGGCGGCCGGUGCCGGGCGGCGGCGAGCGGGGCCGGGGCGGCGGGGGGAGCCGGGGCUGAGCCGCGGCGGAGCAUCAAGUGCGUGCUGGUGGGGGACGGCGCCGUGGGCAAGACCAGCCUGGUGGUGAGCUACACCACCAACGGGUACCCCACCGAGUACAUCCCCACCGCCUUCGACAACUUCUCCGUUGGACUCACCACGCUUUCCCCCCCUCCCUCCUCCUUUCUCUCCAAAGCUGUCGUGUCUGUCGAUGGCAAGCCGGUGAGACUUCAGCUCUGCGACACAGCUGGUCAGGAUGAAUUCGACAAGCUCAGGCCUCUGUGCUACACCAAUACGGACAUCUUCUUGCUGUGCUUCAGCGUAGUGAGCCCCUCAUCUUUCCAGAACGUGAGUGAGAAGUGGGUUCCUGAAAUCCGAUGCCACUGCCCUAAGGCACCUAUUAUCCUAGUUGGGACCCAGUCGGACCUCCGGGAGGAUGUCAAAGUUCUCAUCGAGCUGGACAAGUGCAAAGAAAAGCCGGUCGCGGAGGAGGCUGCAAAGCUCUGUGCUGAGGAAAUAAAAGCCGCAUCUUACAUUGAAUGCUCUGCUUUGACUCAGAAAAACCUCAAGGAGGUCUUUGAUGCAGCCAUUGUGGCUGGUAUUCAGUACUCGGAUACCCAACAGCAACCAAAGAAAUCCAAGUGUAGGACUCCAGACAAGAUGAAAAACCUCUCCAAAUCCUGGUGGAAGAAAUACUGCUGUUUUGUAUAGGGGUUGCAGGGACCCGAGUGCUGCUCUGAGGAAAUCGAAUAGAGGCUAUAUUAGCUGAAAUCUCAUUCUGUGUUGUCCUGAGUAUAUAGUGUAGAUCUGUAUGUAUGUGUAUAUGUUGCUAUUGGAUAUCUCAGUUGCCCUUUUGAGGGUGGCAGAAAGAUUCUUAGUUAAAUAAUUGCUAUAAAUCAGGUCUGGCAUCCAGUUUCAUGACUAAAACCUCUCAUUAAGGAAGAAGACCACCACAUGUCUGUGAGGGUCAAAGGAUUUGUCCAAAGGAUUCGACUUCUUGUGUUACAAGGUGUAUGUGACAGGGAGGAGCACAGCAGAGGCCUUUGCUGCCAGGACUUUGCAGGAGGAACGCAUGAGCGACUGUGGAAACCUAGAGCUCUGUACAUGGGCGAUCAAAGGGAAAAAUAACAAUGUGCCUCCUAACUGACAUUUGUAGCUUUAAAACCCCACUCCUGCUCUCUUCUCUGUGUCUUCCCAAGCCAGCUCUCUUAGGGAUCACUUUAAAAAGGGUAUGCAUGAGGUGUAAUCUAUACGCAAAUGCCAUGGUGGGAAAGGUCAUGAAUAUACCUUCAGUGUGCAGUGAAGAAACCUAAUCCCUUAUGGAGCUGACAUCUUGUUUGUCACCUCCUGACUGUGUGGAAGUCCUUUCUGCCCUCCUUCCCCUGCCCUUCCCAGGAAGCCCUGUGGAAGCCUGAGGAACAUGACCAAGCUUUAACUUGCUACCUUGAGCGGUGGCAAUUUCUUCUGUAAUUUUGCAGACAUGACGACAGUUCAUCUAUUUCAGCUGAAAGGAAUGUAAAUGCUGUUGCGUUUUAAAUUUUUUUAAUUCUUUUUAAAGAGAUGUGACAAAUACCUGUGCAGCACCCUGUAAACCACAUCUGGUUUUGAGUCUGCAGCCAAGAAUUUUAGGAUGCCCCUCCUUACCUUUUAAGGCUGCUAAACAAAUAACAAAUCAGGCAGAUCAAGAUUUAUAACAAACCAGACUCAAGAAACUGAGGCUGCUGUGUCCUUUUCACAAUGCUGUUUCCAACCAAGUUUAUGUUUCCCUUUUAAAGGCAACAGUCGCUUGUGUUUGAAUCUUGUCAACGCUCAUAGUUGUGAAAUUGGCUGAGGCCAAACUGGCAAUUUAACUGAUAAUUUUUUUCUCCCACAUCAGUCCCAACAGACUAACUGCAAUGUGUCUGAGUGAUCAACAAAGUGCAGGGUUGAGUGUGACCUUUUCUCUGACUAAAUCUGGUUCCUGCUAAACUAAGCCUAGUUCCAUCCCUGGUGAGUUCAAGAGACCUGAGGGGUAACGUGACUCUCUGCAAGAAUCAGUACUUACUCUGCAGAGGACAUUUAGUUUGUGCUGUCUGUCUGUCUUUUUAUGGCCCUGACUACUUUUUUUCCCUCCUCUAGAUAUUUCAAGAUCAGAUUAUAUUCUUUUUUUUUUUUCGUUCAGCCAUAGCCUUGAAGUGACCUUUUUCAUAGUCUUAAGCUAAACUGCAGUGACAGAAAGCCAGAAUAAUUUUUUUCCAUCAGAAAUGAAUCAAUGCCUGGUGUAAAGAAGAACUGUGGAAGCCAUUUGAGUUGAUAAAGCUGACCAUAGUUUGCCUCCUGGCCCAUUAAAGAAAAUGACACUAUAUAAAUGGAUUCUGGGCUGUAUUGGCGUAGGCUCCACAGGCAGUAACUUUUCCUCCUCUACAGUGAAAUGAACGCAAAAUGGGUCAUGUUCCAUCGCUGAAAACUUAAAAAUCGGAUGGAAAUCUUUACCUAGGGCCUGACUCAAUAAAAAUGUGUUGGCUUCUGCACUGGAACAGCCUGGAAAAAUAGUUUCCAUAGCACAGAAGCUGGAUGUAUUUAACUUAGUUGCAUCUGGUUGGUAAUGGUUUAAUGUUUACUGGUCAUGGAGUUAACAUCUGAGCCUUUAUACUUCUUACUCAAAUGCUUUGACAGGAUUUCAGAUACGCAGUCAUACUGUCAUCUUGGAGAAAAACAUAAAGCCAGAUUUCUCUUGGGUGUUUUGCUUCUCUGUAGAAUGUCUCAGUUGAUUAAAAAUGUGGGUUUGGGGAGGAGACAGGCUUGAAUCUGCGCAGCUUCCAUUUGCAAAAAUAACAAAAUUUCUUCUGCAAGAUCAUACCACUGUGUACCACGUUGUACUGGAAGCAGUAGGUUUAGGUUAUAUUUUAUAAGCAGCCUGUUUCAUUGUCUGGUGUAGCAUUACUUUUACAUGUAGCCAACUGUGACUGUUUCUGAAAAUGUGAUGUAUAUACAACUUGUUAUAGCCCUUUACUAGGUGUGUGUAAACUGAGGUCUAAUAACUUUAUGAAUACUGCUCUAUAUGGGGCUACACAGGGUCUAGGUUUUAGAAAUAUUACUUUUAAAAUCACCCAUAUUUUACAAGUGCAAGUGAGAGGGAGAUGUCUCUAUGUAGUCUAUAAUCUGAUGUGCCUUAUAAAAAAACCCUCUCUUCUGUUUUCUAAAUGUAGGCUAUAUUCCGAAGGAAAUAUUUCAUGUGAGAAUGAUAUAAAUGAGGUAUUUGGAAAUAAAUUCUGACCUGUG